GGAAUAUUCUCCCAUAACUUGUUUCAAGAGAACAUCUUCGGCAGGAUAAUUCUCAUCUUCAUUUGAUUCCUUGUAGCUACAAGUACUUCAGAGCAUUCCUGGAAUUCAGUACAAAUCUUUCAUUUCACUUUAAAAGCUACAUUCAGCUCUGUUCAUCUUCUAGAAUUGUAUCCGAAACGGCUGUCUAUCAAGCUUGCUCGGAAAAAUCUUCCCAGGGCAUGAUUUUAACUUCCUAAAAUUUGAAAUCAAUUCUUGAAUGCCUCUCGUCAACUUUUCCCCAAUUUCUUCAAUAAUUUGAAGCUAGCUGAUUAAUUUGUCUUCUUACCAAGGGCACACGAUGUACGAAUCAAGAAAAGCGAUCUGCGUUGAUAGAGGCGUAGAUCUGUCUUUUGAAAUUGAUAAUGCCUUCUAUAGAUGCGCAUCCAGCACUAGAUCAAGCUCACCAGCUUUAUCGGAUGCAUCGUCGUGUACUCUGAGAGAAAGCUCACCAGAGCUAGAAACAGAGUCAAAUCCGGAAGCAGAAAGCUCUACGACCCUCGAUACACAGGCACGUUUUGAAUCUCUCUCCAUAGCACCCGAGACAUCUGGCACACCUGUAACAGCAACCAAGAAGCGGUCUUUGGAGGAAAGUGAGCUAUCUUUGAUAAAUCGGGAGAUCUUUAAUUCUUCCAAACGUCACAAUGGAACUCAAGUCGUGGCGUUUCGUGGGACUCGUCACACGAAUUCCAGACAUCUCCAGUCCCGCAAUAUUCUACAAACUGCUUCACUCAACCGGAGAAUCCCAUUGAAUAGCCUUCGUAUUCACCAAUCAAGUCACCAGAUCAUACCUUCUCCAAUUUCAAAUCAAUCCAAAGCUACCUGCGCUGAUACCAAUACUUUUCGUCAGGGUUCAUCCAUCGCAGCCCCGAAUGAAAUCAUUAAUCUUGAUGAUGAUGAAGAAGACUUCCCAUCUUUUCAAAUCCCUCCCGGAGUCGAAGUCAUUGAUCUAGAUGAGUAUGAGAAAGAGAAUGAACUUGAGGAAGAUGUCUUUGGCAUUGACCAACAUUCUGGCGCCCAAAGCAACUUCCAGCGUGCUUUUCUCACCGAUAGAAACCCUGAAAUCAGUCCUCCCAAUGUAGAAAUUCCAUCAGUAGCAUGGAAAUCUAGUCUUCUCAGACCCGAGAAAACAGUAGAGCUGAAGAAUGGAACCUUUCUGAAGAUCAAAACAAUUGUCAAGGAUCUUGCAAGUGAUGAAAUCUCGAUCAGAGGAUGGAAGCUCGUACGUACUCGAGAUCGAAUGCUUGGUGGCAUUGCAGGAAAGAAGAGGAAUGAACUUGCAUUUAUUCAUGAGGUUGACAGGGACGACAGGCGAGAUGUAUGGGAGCAAUCUGUACAUACGAUUCGAGUCAAAGAGGUUUUGAAAAUACGUCGCUUGAUUUGUACUAAUAGAUUUCUGCCGGAGUGUAGAUACAAUAAGGACGACAUUCCUAUGGAUAUCAGAACUAAAGAAGAGAAUGAAAUACUGAAAUAUAUAGAGGACGAGAUGGUAUUGGUUGCCAGAAUUGCUUUUGUGGCUAGAUAUCCAAACGCAGAAGCGAGAGCAAGGAAAGGUGCACUUGUGGAUAGACCCAGAGAAUCGGGAAUUCUGAGAUCUUUGCAGAGAAAAGAGUGUACGGAGAGUUACUUCAUCGAGCUGGAUGAGAAAAAGAGAGGAUGGAGAGGCGAAACUAUUUUGGGCGGCUCAGGAAACCUCGACAAUGGGAGAAAUGCGUUCAACUUGAGCUCUCAAUACACAUACGGCGAUGGAUACUGCGGAGCAGGCGGUAUGACCCGAGGCGCUGCAACAGCCGGUCUCAAAGUGAAAUGGGGCUUCGAUUUCAAUGCUCACGCAGGCGAGACAUGGCAAAAGAAUUUUCCCGGUGCAACAUUCCAUCUCUUACCCGUCAAUGAAUUUGCCGCUCUUCCCGAUCCACGCAAGAGACUCUGGAUCGACAUCCUUCACCUCUCUCCUCCCUGUCAAGUCUUCUCGCCAAUCCACACGUGUCCAGGACGUAACGAUGAAAUGAACUAUGCAGCUCUCUUUGGCGUUAUGGCAGCGAUUGAAAAAGCUAGACCCAGAAUCGUGACUCUAGAACAGACUUUUGGGAUCCUGCAUCAGAAGCAUAAAGAUGCUUUUAAUGGGCUCAUUUCCUGUUUUACGAAUUUAAGUUUCGAUGUUUCGUGGAAGGUCGUGAGGUUUCAGGGAUAUGGCACGCCGAGUCGAAGGACCAGACUGAUUAUUCUUGCAUCUUGUCCCGGAGAACCCCUCCCCCACAUGCCCCAAUACACGCACCACGACCCACAGCAUCUCCGCCCCUCUCAAACCCCCUACCUCACCCCCAACAAAGUCCUCUCCGCCAUCCCCCCCAACGCCCCCAACCACGAUCCCUCGCACGAGAGACUCCACCGCACAACCUGCAUUCCCUGGGACGGCAGCACGAUCUGCCGGGCAAUCCUCACCAGCGGCGCGGGCGUCGGUCUCCCAAACGCCAGUCGCGGCAUGACGAAUCGAGAACUCGCUGCGCUGCAGGGAUUCCCGCUCAACCAUGUUUUCUACGGUUGCGAAAUCAAGAAACAGGUAGGUAAUGCGGUGCCUCCGAUUUUUGCGCGGAGGCUGUUGGAGAGUGUGAGGAGACAGUUGGAGAGGAGAGAUGGGUGGGAGAGAGGCGAAGAGAUUGUGCUUAGUUCUGAUGAGGAGUAGGAGGUUGGGAGAACUAGCUGAUUGAUGGAUUGGUGUUUUUAUUUCGUGAUUCGUUUGAAGGAUAUGGGUCUAAACAAGGUACUGAUGAGGCCCCAGUGGUAGAAACUGGCAUACAGAAAACAUAGGAUUAUGAGUAGCAAGUUUGUUGUUUCAGUUGAAUUUUCAUAAUGGGCAGAGAAUAGUCCGUUAGACUUCGGAAAUAGUUCGAUGUGAUAGAUCUAAUCUUAAUCCA